AUGGCCUCCAACAAGCCGGGUGCGGUCAGUUCCUCCGGGAUCACAACGAACGAAACCACCGGAGAACGCUACAUUCCCUCGUCUCUCCGUGCCGACGGCUCCAAGCGUCGAGAGAUUCGUGUCCGACCGGGAUACCGCCCUCCUGAGGAUGUGGAACUGUACAAGACCCGUGCGGCAGAGGCCUGGAAGAAUCGCGGAAAAGGCGGGGUUCCCGGUGCCGAUGGACUGAAGGACGACGAGGAUACCUCGGCCAACAAGGCAGGUGGUGCAACCAACAACAAGAAUGCGAAGCGUCGCGAAGCUAGAAAGAAGGCCAAGGCGACACAGGAUGGUGCUACCAACGGCAAGGAUGUGACUCGCAUCGAGAACUGGCGUGCUGGUGCGCCCCAAGAGGCUAAGAAGCAGUCGAACGGGGACGCAAAGGACGCAGCGCAAACCGAGGAGGCAGUCGAUCCUGAAGCAGAGAAGGAAAAGAAGGCCCGCAAUCUCAAGAAGAAGCUGAGACAGGCUCGCGACCUGCGUGACAAGAAAGCCCAGGGAGAGGCACUCCUACCCGAACAGCUGGAGAAGGUGAUCAAGAUCCAGGAGUUGAUUCGUCAGUUGGACUCCCUUGGAUUUGAUUCAAACGGUGAAAAGAAGGAUGCCGCUGAAGAAAAGGAGUAG